AUGGCGCCCUCACUGGAAGUUCUCGACAAGGUAGCACAAUCUCUGCCCGUCAACCCUCUUAAGGGCGCCAAGUCUGCCGUAGCCUCGGGCAUCAAGUUCGAGAGCACUGAGACGCAUGACAGAGUUCUUAAAGUUUUCCGUGCGUUCAUUGCGGAUCUUUGUCAGCAAUUCAAUGGUGGGCAUCCUGGCUCCGCCAUGGGUAUGGCUGCCAUUGGUGUUUCCCUUUACAAAUAUGUCAUGAGGUACUCGCCACAGAACUGCGAAUACUUCAAUCGUGAUCGUUUCGUUCUAUCCAAUGGUCAUGCUUGUCUAUGGCAAUAUCUCUUCAUGCACCUGAUUGGUGUCAAGAGCAUGACUCUCGAACAACUUAAAUCAUAUCACUCCAGCCGCACAGAUUCCAUUUGCCCUGGGCACCCUGAAAUUGAGAAUGAGGGUGUCGAGGUUACUACUGGGCCCCUCGGUCAGGGCGUUGCUAAUGCUGUCGGUCUCGCCAUAGCCACCAAGAACCUGGCAGCCACUUAUAAUAAGGAUGGCAUUGAAGUUGUUAACAACAUGACUUGGUGUAUGAUUGGUGAUGCUUGCCUCCAGGAGGGUGUUGGUCUUGAGGCAGUUUCUCUCGCAGGUCAUUGGAGGCUGAACAACCUUUGCGUGAUCUAUGAUAACAACAAUAUCACCUGCGAUGGAACAGCCGAUGUUGCUAAUACCGAAGAUAUGAACGCUAAGAUGAGGGCCACGGGAUGGAAUGUCAUUGAUGUCGCCAACGGAGAUUCAGACAUUGAGGCUAUCACGGAUGCCCUCAUUGCUGCACGCCAGUCUACUGAGAAGCCGACGUUUAUCAACAUCCGAACAACCAUCGGAUUCGGCUCUGAUAAGGCUGGCAGUGCCAAGACACAUGGUGCUGCUUUGGGUGUCGACGAUAUCGCCAGCAUCAAGACCUCCUUCGGCCUCAACCCGGAGGAGUUUUACCAGAUUCCCCAGGACGUCUACGAUUUCUUCAAAGAUGUAGGCCCUCGUGGUAAGGAGUACGAGGCCGAGUGGAACGCAUCCGUGAGCAAGUAUGUGCAGCAAAAUCCCGAGCUCGGAACUGAGUUCCAGCUCCGUGUCGCUGGCAGGAUGCCCGAUGACUGGACCAAGUGCAUUCCUACAUCUGAGCAGCUCCCCAAGGAACCAGUUGCAACCAGGAAAUCUGCUGGUCUUAUCACCAACCCUCUCGGCGAGAGGAUGCGCAACUUCUUGAUUGGUACCGCUGAUCUCACCCCAUCCUGCAAUGUGGCCUUCAACCAGAAGGUCGACUUCCAAUCUCCCAAUCUCAAGACCGCCUGUGGCCUGAAUGGUGACUACAGCGGCCGAUACAUCCACUACGGCAUCCGCGAGCACGCCAUGUGCGCCAUCUCGAAUGGUCUGGCCGCCUUCAAGAAGGGAACCUUCCUACCCGUCACCUCAUCUUUCUUCAUGUUCUACCUCUAUGCCGCGCCAGCCGUGCGCAUGGCUGCCCUCCAGGGCCUUCAGCAGAUCCACAUCGCCACCCAUGACAGCAUCGGCACCGGAGAAGAUGGACCAACCCAUCAGCCCAUCGCCCUUCCUGCCCUCUAUCGCGCCAUGCCCAACCUACUUUACAUCCGCCCCUGCGACUCAGAGGAAGUCGCAGGAGCUUUCCUCGCCGCCAUCCAAGCCACCGAGACCCCUACCAUCAUCUCACUCUCUCGCCAGAACCUGACCCAAUUCCCACAGAACUCGUCCCGCGAAGGUGUUGCCAGCGGUGCUUAUGUCUUCGCCGAAUCUGAAGUCUUCGACGUUACUCUCAUCGGUGUCGGCUCCGAGAUGGGCUACACCAUGGAGACUCGCGAUCUCCUCGCCAGGGAGUACGGAAUUAAAGCCCGCGUUCAGUCCCGGCAAUACAAGCAGUCGGUCCUCAAGCCCCGCUCCGGCAAGCCCACCGUGGUGAUUGAGGCAUAUGCUGCUAAUGGAUGGGAGCGUUAUGCCGAUGCGUCUUUCUCCAUGCGCCGGUUCGGGAAGAGCUUGCCGUCCAAGGCUGCUUAUGAGUACUUUGGAUACGUGCCGGCCAAGAUGGCACCCAAGAUUAGGGAUCUUGUUGAGGAGGUAAGAAGAGAGGGAAUUGAGGUCCUGCGUGGAGAUUUUAGGGAUCUGAACGGUCCUCUGGGUGUCGGAUUUGAGCAUUAA